AUGGCUGAGUCAAUAAGUGAAGUAUCCAGCAGUCAAGAACUUCUGGACAUGACUGAUGAAGGAAAGAAAAAAUCCAAAUUUCGAGUCUUCAAGAAUUUUUUUGUCAAGAAAAAGAAAAGAAGUUCUGAUGAUGCCCAAGGAGGAAAAGUGCUGAAGCCAAGUUUAUCCAGUAGCAACAUUCAUAUCACUUCGCUGAAGCCAAUUCAUGAAGGUCAACAAGUUGAACUUAGGUCUAGGAGCAGCAUGGGGAACAAAGCCUUAUCCCAUGAUAGCAUCUUCAUGUUGGAUCCUGCAUCUGAAAGACCAACAAGUCAGUGCUCCUCAGUGGAAGUCCAGAGAGGCAGACCUCUGCAGAAAUCUUUUGUUUCCAGAACUCUGCCUAGAGAUGACAUGGUUAAUAUGCCUGAAGUGGUGUCUGAUACUGUAUAUGAAGCUAUAUAUUUGCCCAAAGAUGGAAUCUGGGUUGGAGGCUCCAAGAUUAAUGAGGUCUCACCACGGCGCCCGCGCCAACCCAGUUUCAGCCCACCUCGUAUCCAAUCUGGCACCAUUUCUCGGAAACUGGAAGAAACCCUGAUUGAUGAUGACCUAGAACAGAUCGUACCAAGGAAGCAGUUAUUGAACAAGAUUUCAUUAAAGAAGAGCCUCUCUGAACCAUUACCUGAGCAUGAGCAUUCACAGGCCGCUGGCCCCUGUUCCUGUCCAAGCAACACAUACCAGCAUGCAGACUUCAGCAUCCCAGCUACCAACGAAAGCUGUUUGGAUUCUUCUGCUGCUAGACACAAAAUGGCUUUAAAUCCUCGAAAACAAAAGAAGAAGAGUCUUUUAGUUCAGAAACCCAAGCAGGAGGAGCCCAUCCCGUCACUGGUUUCUGAAGAAGAAAUGAACACAGCCAGAGCAAAAGAAGCUGCCCAAAAGAAGCUGAAAAAAGGCAAUGGAGGUCCCUCUAGCAAGGAACCAAAUAAAACUGAUACGUGUGAUCAGAAAACAACAGACCCAGCUCCAAAUCUUGUUGCUGCUGGGAAUCAAGUCCAAUCAAUGUCAACAGCAGGUGGGAAAAAAUACAGAAGAAAACCAACACUGGAAUAUGGACUUCGAAGAGAGAGACUACCCAAUCUACUGCAUGAUCUCGGCAACAUCACUGAGUUCUCACCUUCCGAUAAGAGUGAGAAGGAGUGCCUGUUAUGGCAGCAGCCCUUGGAGAAACAAGGCAUAGAGCUGUGUGCUGAUAAAGGAGAUAUAGAAAAGGGAAGUGCUCAAGCAAGUUUGGAAGCCAGAAAAGCAUCAGAACCACAACUUUUAGCUGGAGACACCAAGUUCAUGGGUAGUGAUCUAUCAAAACACCCUCAAGAUGAAGCCUCUGGAGCCAAGAAGAAAGAAGUCAGCAUUUCUCUUUUGCCAUUGGCAGAGAGGCUCCCUACAGCCCAAGAAGAGAACAUACUAUCCAGGGCAGCAGAUAUGCAGCUGCUUUCAGAAGAGAAAGGCGCUUCCAGCCUAAAUACUCAAUGCAAAAUGGAGCGGGCCCAGGGUGCCCCAACUAUCUGCAAAGAAACAUCUCGUGGAAUUGGUGCCCAGGUCUUCUCAGUGAAUGUUCCAGGCAUGGCAAGCCCUGGCUCAGAAGGAGGCAUUUCUACAGAGAAGCUGCCUCAGCCCUUGGAGGCCAAGAGCAUUGAAAACGACUCAACAAAUCUGAAGAGUUAUUCAGAUGAGAACAGUCUGGAAGAAAAGCAAACUCCUGGCCACCAUUUGCACUCCUUGUGGAAACUUAAAGGGGACCAAAAAGUCUUCUCCACAUCAGAAAAUGCUGUGAAAGAAUUCAGCAAUUUCGAGAAGGCAACUGUCGGUUAUUCUUCCCAGUUCAUGAGAAAGCCAAAAGAUGAAAGCGCCUCACGUUUAAAUACUAUUUCUGAAAUAGACAGUAGGUUUGAGCGAGUGGUUCUCAAUCCAUCUUACCCAUCCCAGAAGUUUGGAACCUCUGAAUCCAAAGGCUUUCGUGUGACUUCCAUUUCGAAGACGCACCUGAUUCCCAGACCUGCUUUCCAGUUCUUACAAGACAAAGAACUCACCAUGGAACCCAGUAGUUAUGUGGAAAAGUAUAACAGUGCUGAGGAUAUGAGCAGCUCGGAGGAAGAUCUGUCUCUCAAACAGGCUGAUAAGAGCUUGAAGAAGCCCAGAGACCAACCAGACACAUCUUCCAUUUCGAAGAAAAUUCCUAAAGAAGAGUGCAAUGUGUCAGUGAAGCAGAUGCCUCCUAGCCACCCGUCUCAGACCACUAAAAAGAAUAUUAUUCAGCAGAGAGAUCCUGUGGAGACAAUCCCUCCCAGCCCUUCUUUCCAGUCAGAUCUAGAGAAGGUGGCUGUUGAAUGGAGCAUUAUGAUGGAGCAGCCAGUGGCUCCUAAAGCGCCUCCUAAGUGGCCAAGGAAAAAUCUUGAGCCAAUAAACUCAACUCCAGAAAUUACAAGUGAGAGAGAAGUUGAUCCUAUCUACACCUCACCUCCUACACCUCAUUCUGAACCCAUCACCAAACCCACAGCCAAGCAGGAAGUCCCAGCAGGCGUGGCGAGCACUGUUAGUGAGGGGAAUGCUUUGAUUGAAUCUCCCAAAUGGCCUCCCCAGUCCUUGCCAAAAUCACUAGUCAAGAAAGAAGUGUCUUUGCGUACAGAGGGUGCUGUGAUUGAGAGGAGAGUUUCUAUGGAGUCACUGCUUCCUAAACAUUCCUCCAUGCGACCCUUCAUCCAGAAACCAAUAUCUGUAGCUUCUAGAAGCGCAUCUGUGGACAGCUGCAUUGCUGUAGAACCAAAACCUUCUGGGGACUCUUUCCAACCAUGGCUGACCCCUCCAAUGGAGCAACAAGUCUCUUUGGUUCCAGAAAACAAGGCUGUUGAAAGGGGUGUUUCUACAGAGUCACUGUCUUCUAAAAUUCCUCCCAAACCCCCUAAGAAGCCUAAAAUUCACCCAAGUAUGAUGACGAAUUUAGAGGCUAUUGCUGUUGAGAAGAUCAUCUCUGUGGACCAUUCCAAGUCCUCUUCCCAGAUAGUACCAAGUCACACAGACCCACCAAUCUCCUCCCCACACAGCGCUGCUGAAGAGCCCAUUUUGACCAAGCCAUUGCCCACCGGGUACCCUCUGGAGUCUUCUGGGAGGCCGAACUGCCAAGCACAGAUGAUGCGAGACACUGGGAGUACCUCUGCCUUGUGGACCAAUCCUAUGGAGCCAAAGCCUGCCAAUUAUACUCUCCAAACACGGAUGAACCGUAAGUUUAAGCAACACAUCUCUCUUUGUCCAGAAAAUGCUGAGGCGGAAGGGAUCAUUGCAAUGGAGACCAUGGCUUCUAGACGCUAUUCCCGAACACGGUUGUUUUCUCCAUAUCACCAAGUGUCUGAAGGUCCAGAGAAUACUGCUAUGGAGCUGGAAAAUUCUAUGGGCUCUCCAUCACUUAGAAUGCCUUCUCAGCCUGUGAUGAGAUCUGCCAGCAAGCCACUCGUCUCUUCAGAGCCUGUGAGCUCUUCUGCCCAAUGGGGCAGUUUCAUGGAAUCAAAACCACUGAAAUAUCCUUUACAGCCUGGGAUGAAGGCUACCUUCAAGCAUCGGCUCUCUGAGUGUCUAGAAAGCUCUGCAGCCCAGAGAAGCAUUCCUAUGCAGUUGAGGCCUCGCCGACAUCAUUCUCAGCCCCCAAUGAGACCCAAGGUGAAGCACGACAUGUCCUCAGGUUUGAUGGCUGCUUCUGCAGAAUGGAGUGGUCCCGUGAGACCCAUAUCUCCUAGAUACGUUUACCAAUCAUGCAUGAGCCCUAAAUCUGAGCCUCAAGUCUCCCCUGAUAAGGAGGCUCUUGUGAAGAUGCAUAGCUUUUCUAAGGAGCUGGAGUUUCCCAGACAGUUCUCUCCAUCUGUUGGGAAAAGUGAUGUUCCAAAAGUGACAUCUGCUUUCGAGAGUCUCGAGGAAUUCAUUCAUGGCAAGUCGUCACCACUUAAGCAUUCUCCUCCAUUCACUCGCAGGUCUAAAGUGAAGGAACUAUCCUCCCAUCUGGGGAGUAGGGAGGUGGAAGAAGACACUGUUCGAAAAGCACAGGUUUGCCGGGAUCCUUCACAGUCAUUCGUGAAGUUUAUGGCACAGCAGAUCUUUUCUGAAAGCCCUACCGGGGAGGAGAAGAUGUAUGUGGAUCCUGGGGCAUCGAACCAUCAUUCUAAAUCUUUACUGAAGCUGAAAGCAGAGCACCAGGUCUUCUCUGAUUGGGAAAAUGCUGCCCUUCAGGGAGGCAUUUCCUUUAAGAAGCCGCAUAUGAACUAUCAACUACAGUCCUUGGCCAGGCCUGAAGACACACAAGAAGUCUUCUCCCAUUCAGCAAGUUUUCCUGUGAGGAGGAGCAUGUCUAAAAGGCUCCUUCCUGCCAGAAAGAUUUCCAAGGCCACGGGGAAACUUGAGUACAGGCCAGAUGUGUCCUUUUCUGUCAAUUUGCCUGAAGAAUGGAAGAGGGUGGAUGAGCCACUGUUCUCUCCCUACCCUUUCAAAACCUGGAAAGUAUCUGAAAUCUGGCCAUCCAUGGCAUCCACCAGUUCUGUGAGUGUUGCUGGAGAACACAAUAAUCGGAAGGAGCUCUUGCCUUCCAGGAAUGUUCCCAAGGCUUUGGGAAAGAGUGAAUGUUGGAAACAGGUUUCCACAAGUUUCAGGAGUGCUACUUUUGAGAAUUCAGGAAAUUGGUUCCUGCAGAAAAGCCAGUCUUCACCAAAGAAAAGUAAGAAAUACAGCCAAGGCCCUGAAGAGCUCCUUAAGAACCUCCUGAUUCCCAUGAGCAAACCUGCCAAGCUCAUUGUGCAUCCUUCCCAGACAGUGCUCAAUACUUUAGACAUUUACUCAAAGGAGGAAACUCUUCAUUGUGGCAAUGAAAAUCAUGACAACUAUUGCUUCUCCACCAAUGAAAUGGAUGAUGUGGAAAACAUCUUUGGAGUUCGACUGAGAAAAAUCCAUUCUUCACCGAAAUAUAUGAGUGAGAAACAAGAUCAUGUUAGCGAGCUUCCUUUACAGCCCUUAGGCCCACCUUCAUCCUCUGCAGACAAAGAACAGAAAAUAAGAAGGAAUGCCUCUCCGAACCAUCUUGACAACUCAGAUAACCUCGAACCAACAUUUAACUCUGCAGAGAAGCAACAGACCACGCCCAAGUCUGAAGGCCUGAUUAAGAAGCAACUCGUGUUCAAGGCCCCAGGAAAGCUUCCUGGUCAGCAGUCAGAUCAGGCGACUCUAGAGCCAGAUUGGAUUACCAUGGCAAAGCAGAAACAGAGGAAUUUUCCAUCCUUCAUUUCUAUGAAAGAGCUAAACAUCACUAACACAGAUGAAGAGAAGACUGAGACCAAUGAACCUAACCAAGAGGAACCUAGCUGUGCCAGUGAAAUCCAACUUAAAAAGAUUCUCACUUCUAGUCUCCAUAGACAGGAGAUGGGACAGUUGAGGCCUGCCAAAUCAGGUAAAAUUGCGUUUGAAGAUGAAUACAUAUCUGCAAAGAAAGAAGCCAAACGAUCUUUAAGCCUUCCAGCCAGGCUCCACUGGCCAGAUGAACCUAUGGGGCAGAGCGAUGGAAAGGAGCCUGUCUGGUUCUCCUUGGCGAAGAAGAAAGCCAAAGCAUGGAGCCACAUGACCGAAGUUAUGUACUAA